AUGGGCGGUUAUCCGAGUUCGGCUUCAUCAGCUUCUGGCAACAACAAUAAAUCAAGAGGAGGGUACAACAAUGAAGAGAAUGAUCCAGUGAUGAUACUCCCUUCAAACUCUGCAACCACUGGACGAGCCUCAAAAUCGCAAAGCGAAUCCCUAAUAUAUUCCAGUCAAAUCAAUAAGAGAAUAAUUGGCGUUAAGGAGGGAUCUGGGCCAAUGACCCAAUCGUUGGGGAGACUUUUAAAUCAACCCUCCUCAAUAUCGGAUGAGUAUGAUGAUGACGACAAAUCAGACGCAUUUGCCUUAGAUCCAGAUGGCAUGUAUUCCACUACUACUGCAACUAGGUCAAGUAAUUGUAACAACAACAGCCAACAACAACAACAGCAACAACAACUAUAUAAUUCAACAUCCUACCCUUCCAUCUCCUUCUCAACCUCCUCACAACCUAGUCUUUCGUCAUCGUCCUCACAACAACAAUUUAGAACAGACAUAUCCAUCUCUUUGGAGGGUGAAAUUUUACAGCAAUCGCCCACGUUAAACACAUCAUCCUCGAGGAGAAAGAGUCGGCCCGCCAUCAUACAAACCGAUUCUGACUACUCGAGCUCCACGUCGAACUUUGCCUCAGGCAGUCGAGGAGUGAGGACGGUGAUUGUAGAAAAUUCAAAUCAACAGGGUGGGGACGGAGGAUGCUCCUUAAUGGUUGCUCCCCUCAUGCACUCGAAUUCGGUGCGAAUUAAGAAAAAACCAACCUCUCAAAAUGAAAUUGACGACAUCCUCAAUACUCCCUCUCUUUCAAUAUUUAAUAAUAAUGGUAAGAAUUCCUCAUUGUCACAACAACGAACUCUGCAGAAAUCUCCACAUCCACACAACAACGGGAAAGUUAAAUCUUCAUCGAAACUAUUUCCUGCCUCUGGCAACCAAUGGAGCCUGACUGAACAAGAUGAGGAAGAGGAUGGCGGCAUUCGUCAAGUUCACUCAUUCAAUUCUACAAAGAGUUCUAGCAGCUCAAAGAAGAAAUCUUCCAAAAGUGACAAGCCCAACAAAAUGUCACAAGAGAUGGAUAAUUACAUUGAUUCCAUUCUGAAAAAGAAGGGCAAAUCUGCAGAUGAUUUGAGUAGAGAUGACACUGAGGGAGAAAUUAACGAUUUCCGAGAGACCAACUUGCCAAUCCUAGUUGGACAAGAACCUGUGUUAUAUCAUGCACCGCACAACGAGUCAGGUUAUCUUGGCCGCCGUAGGAAGAGUACAGUAGCAAUCGAGCAGGAAAAUCCAGAACAACAUGCCAUGGAACUUGAAAAUGUUUUUAGAAGGACUCGCUCCACCAUUAACACAAAAAAUGUUGCCGUACCUGCUGGAGGAGGCCAACCAGUGGAAAUACCUGAAACAAGUGUACAGCCGGUGAGUAAUCCAAUGAUUGUUGUCUCAGGAGGUGCCAAACUGUUAAGAAAGGACAAGUCUCUCUACACGGUUGGUGGUGUCAUUAAUGACAAGAAGAAAACUGAGCUAGAAAAACGAAGACGCAAGGCCAUCAAUCGAUCGAAGGUGGUUGGUAAAAUAGGACCUCUCAUUUCGGUGGAUUCUGAUACAGAGAGUGAAGAAGAAGAAGAGGACAGGCCCGAGGACUUGAGCUCUCAAUGCGAACUGCAAACCGAGUAUUGUGAAUAA